UCGCCUCUCCGGGUGUAAAAAAAUCAGAUCCAGUUAGCACAAAGGCAGCAGUGCUAGGGCAGGCAGCCUUUUAUACCAUGUAGUUGGGUAAUUCAAGUUGAGGUGGUGGCGGCAGAACUGCAACAGCAGCGCACUGAUUAAGCAGCGGAAAUCUGGUUGGUGUUAGCAAGAUGGCGGCGGUAAACCUCUUGUCGUCGUAUGGUUUUUUCUAGUCGAACGAAGUGUGCGUUGGUUAGCUGAACUUUUGUGAUCGAACGUGCCCUGCAACGUGAUUUGGUUAAGUUACAUUGGACGCCAGCGUCACAUCGAUAGCGCUGACACUAACCCUGUCGACGAUCACCGAAAGCUCAUCCACUAAACACGAUGGAAAACAAUUUGAAGGCUUUGUUUGAGACACGCAGCCCUCCACCGGAUUCCAGGGAAGAGGUUUACGAUAGUUUCAACGAAGAGACCUUCGGUACCAUGGAAACUUGGGAAGAGGGUGAAUUUGAGUCAGGUAGCACACUGACGAUAUCAAACGGUGCCGAGACGGAUGGUGAUUCUGCAAGCUUAAAAGAGAAAGAAGCCGAUGAUUCAGUCGAAGAGGUCUCGGGACGAUGUUCGAGGCGUGCUGGAGUCGAUGACAAUGAUCAAGAGAAAGACAAUAUGGCGUUUUUGAUUGAUUCAACUCUUUCGCAUCUAGGCCUGGAUUUCACGAUGCAGAAACAGGACGGCAGUAGCUGUGGAGCAUUAAAAAAACUCUACGGGAACCGGCAAAGCGCCACCGAGGAAUUGGAGGGACUCGCAGGUCGAGAAAUGGGCGACUCUCUUGAGCAGUUACCUCCCGACACGGAGGAAAAUGAGUGGACUAUAGGAAAGCAAAAAUCAGAAGAAAAUUACCGGGAAAAUAUUAGUCGUAGCAGCCUGCAUCAACAACGAUCCGUUAUUGAUGCUGACGAUGGUCCUGCUCCUCAACGUGAGUCAGUUCACCAGAUCUCUUUUGAAAGAGGCGAUGCUGAUCGCGUGGUUGUUGGAGGAACGGCACCAUUGGUGUCCCCUCGUCGGGGCUCAGGCAGGUUUGAUGGUGGACGUGCCGAGCGCGGAAAUGGUCAUUACUGUCGUCGCUUUAGUGGACCGAAUGCUCCUAGUCACGGCGGCAGCGGCGGAACAGGUCAGAGCGGGAAUGCAAUUUCGAUUCGGCCUGAAAACUUCGACCUACGCAACGUCGAGACGUUUGGUAUCGAAGCAGUCCAACAACACAUACACGACCAUCAUCCUAACAAUACCAAUAGCAACAGCAGCGGCGCUCCUAGCAGUACUAACAACAACAGCAGCAGCAACAGUAACAAUACUAACGCCCCCAAUAGCGGGGUAAAUAAUAACAGCUCUGAUUGCAAAUGGGACGGAAACGGGACGAGUGGAGGAGGAGGAGGUGGGGGAGGACAACAACACUCGGGUCACGCAUCCAUUGCUGCUGCUACGAAUCCGGUUACCAGAACUUCACGUAGCUGUUCACGAUACGACCCAGAUGGUUCUUCCACGAACCCUGCCAAUUUCGGCGGUGAGAGGGGAGAUAGUCGUGCAAGACUGCCCGAGAUUCGAGAUCCUCGCAUGUACGACUUUUACAUGGAGUUGUGGCAAAGGAUGCAGCAGCAGGCUGCCGCCGAGGAAAGUAACUCGAUCAUGAACAAUAGCAGCAGCAGUAGCAGCGGAAUUAGUGGCGUCCACAGUCAUCUCGGCGCAAGCAAUAACAGCGGAAACAGCAGCCAUAACACUUCCAGUAGUAGCGGCAAUCAUUACAACAUUAAUGGCGGCAUUGGCGAUUCCCGUUUAGCUGGCGGUCCGCGACGCUCAAUUGAUCAAAGAACGGGCGACGUUCAUUUUGAAACCCAGAUGACGGAGUUAAAACACAAGGUAUGGGAGCAGCUCGAAUUAGCUGCAGAUUUAGGACCAGUCAUCGAUAUCAUGGAGGAUGUCUUUGAUAGGCUGGUUGAUCCCACUGAGCCACCCUCAGCGGAAGAUCGUCUCAAGGCUCUUCGGAAGCUUGCAGAUAAUGUCUUACCAGAUAACGUCUGCAAUCUCGUUCGACUUGUGCAUUCCCGAAGACUGGUAAUGUAUACACUUGCUCAUCUUUGGUCAGAGGUAUCUCUGCGUGAUCAUGUACUGGAAUUGGUUAGUAUAAUGUUGCGUCGCCUUGAUACGCUGCUGGUUAGCGACGGGUCUGAUAUGGUAUUCGCUCAAAAGCAACAGGUGUUUGCGCGUAUUUUCCACGGGUGCACAAUGGAGCAACUGGUCUCUCUCACCACUUGUCUACUGAAGGCGCCAGCAAUGGCCGUUGAGUCCAAACUUGGCCUUUUCUUCAUUGGUCGAAUCCUUGAAUGUGCUGAAGACUCGGAGCUUAAUCGCCUACCCGCUCAUUGGGUGGAGAAAUGCUUGCCAAAACUAUUGCAGCAUCUGGCAAGAGUUCCAAGGGCGGAAAUUGUACAUGAACUGGUAGGCGCUCGAGCUGUGGAGCACAUGAUAAGAAAUAUGGACGGAGUGAGCUUCAUGCGUGCAGUUCAUGCUGCUAACCCGAACUCCUAUCCUUAGAUACGUUGCUUCUUUCACGCUGAACUGCACGUCCCCAUUACGCAGGAUCUUGGUUCCCGUGACUGCGACAUGCCGCAUCGAAUCGAAGUUGUGUUGUAGGUUCUCAGAGCCGCUGCGAAAAAAAUCGCUUUGUUGAUGUUUCGAAUCAUUAUAGUACGGCAAUGGCUUUUUAUGCAUUCGUACAAGCGCGCGAAACGUUCCGACAGCUUUCAUCUAUAUGGCCUACCACAAGCGCCUGCUAAUUAGGAAUCUUGUAGAAGGUACUACAAAGAAAAUUGAAGAGACUCAAGGACAGCUUUAUUGGUGAGCUUGUUCAGGGCGCUACUGGCCUCUAGUCCGCCCUGAUGCGGGCCACUAACCACUGCAAAUAAGAUCCGCUCAUGGGUUAAGCUGUGCAGAGAACGCCUACCUGCUGAGAGAGUGAGUCUGCCCUGUGCUGCUCGUUAUUUCAGAAGGUUCGCCACAGAUCGUCUGAAUGCACUGACCAGGUGGUCACGAUGAAACGGUGUUAUUGAUAAGGAACUUCAGUGCACGUUGUCAGGAAUAGGAAAGAGACCAGCCUUUUUGACAUAAUUGUGGGGGGACGGACUAUCCUGCGAACUCCAGAUAUAUUACUGAAAAUACAAACAGAUGUAACAUAGAAACCAGGCAGUCGAAAGCAGUUUCUUUCUCUUGCUUCGCCACCUGAACCGUCUACAAGAGAGCCAUCGGCUCGGCCUGCCGAAACAGAACCGACGACAGACCGCGAUGGUUUUGAAAGCGGUACAAAAGCAAAGGAAAAAACGACAGCGAAAAUGUAGCAGUAGCUCCCUUCAAUGGAGUAAAACGGAAUUCGAAGCACCUCAAACUCAGCGAAUAUGAUCAGUUCUUCACUUAGUAACCGGUAAAGGGCUUUGCAUAAUCUGCUUGAUGAGCUAGAAGGAAAAAGCGCUGAUUUUGUUGUAAUACGAUAGCCAAAUCUUGACCUACGAAACGACAGCCAGUUGUCACGGAGUCUAGUGGCAAUGUCUCCAUAGGGCGGAUGCGGAGCUGCUCUAGUCA